AUGGUAUUCCACGUUGCCAUCAGUUUAUUGAUUGCAGCGCAAUACUCAGGCGUCUGUGCGCACGGCCAACACCUCCAACAUCCCCCGGAUGCACCCCAUAAAGGAUCACCUCCGAUCUUCAAGGAUCCCAUGUCUUCUGGACAAGGUUGGCUUUUGAAUUUUUCCCUUCCUUCGAAACAAGAUUUAUUUUCAGAUCCACCACCCGACAUUCCUGGUAUCCAGGAUUCCCCCAAUCCCAAUGAUCGAAUGCUCUUGGAUUCGAUGACUUACUCUGUUCCGAACAAUGAUUCCCCCGCUUCUCCCCUUGACUCAAACCGCCCAUCCAACACUCCGAUUAUCCGAAAAACUCGUGCCGCCUCCACCAACUCUCAAGAAUUCCUCGAACACGUCAGCAUCAUUGCUCGCAUUGCCAAUGGAAUUUCUGUCCAAUCUGGCCUGAUGAACAAUGUAACCAAUAUUGAGGAAGUGGCUGGUGAGCUUCUGAGUUUUGGGGAUAUUCCGGUUUCGACGAUCGCCAAGUUCAAGCCUGAUUCUCUCAACAAGUUUGCCACAAAGUUGAAGGAGGCUCCGACUGUUUUAGAUUCCAGUAUCAUAGACCAAGAACAACAAGUUCUGGACUUGACUGAGUUACUCAAGAAAUCUAAAACUAUCGGUGAUCUAAAAGAUCUUUCUGGAAAGGAUGCAUAUUUUUCCUACCUGAAGGAUUUGUUGAAUUUUGAUGAUGGUCCUCUAAGGGCUCCUAGUUUUUCAAUGAAACAGGCUAUGGAAAGAAUCGACAGCAUUGACAAAGCAAUUAGAAACGAGGAUGCUAUAGCUUCCGAUGCUUCCUUUGUUGCUUCUGCUUUCGGUUCGUUGGGUACUCACUUAAAUGGUAUGAGCCAAAAAAUCGAAGCAUUCAAAACGAGCUUGCAAACUCUCAAAGAUUCCGAGCUCAAAAACGGUCCCACUGUUAUUGGUCCUCUCAAGAAGAUGAUCGAUCUCAUUUAUUUCCGAGUGGAGUACAAAACUCCUCUAAGUAAUCAGGACGUGGCAAAGUCAAAUCUGAAUAAGGUUUUAAUGCUUUCUGCUGAUUCAGAGGCUGCUGUUCAAGAUGUUGCCACUGUUACCAGUUUAGCUCGAAGUAGAUCAAAUACUGGCUUCCAAAAAAGGAAAAUCACUAGUGGAUUUCCAAAUGGAGUCUCUGAUUUGAAACAAUUGGUCCGAGAUGUUCGUAAUCCAUGGAUCGGUAAGAUCCUCGGAACGAAUGAAUCAGUUGAUUCAUUGAAUGAUGGUCUACUUCCAUUAUUCAAAAUGAACAAGAAACUGGCUGAUCUAGAUGAAAAGCUAGCGGUUCUUUCGACUCCAAAACUCUCUAAAACACUAUCCGGUAUCAGAGGAUUCCAGAAGGAGCUUUCGAAAGUUGAUCAAAAUGUCGCCGAUAUUACUGAAACUGUCUGGAAGGAACUGCACCUUUGUAGAAAAGAAGCCUAUCCCAUAGAUUCGGGCGAUUUAAAGGAUAUCAAAGCAGUCAUAAAGGAUGUCACAAUUCUGUAUCAAAUAUCUCAGUUUGAAUUGGAAGUGAAUGUUGAUGAUUUGAAUAAAGAAAUCAAGCGCUUCAAUGAUUCCUUGAAAUUCAGCGACGUGUCGAAUAUCAAACAAUCCAUGGCUGAGCUUCCAGGAGUAAUGAAAACACUGAAAGAAAGCGGAAGUCUACAAAAGAUCAACACAACUUUAAGCGAGCUUUUGGUUAUAUUCGAGGGUUCUCACGUCUCGGAACUGAAAAAGAAAGCUGGUGAUGUGGUAUCGAAAGAAGGAAACAUGUAUGAUUCUGUAUUCGAUAAGGAGGUGAAAUUGUAUGCUUGCCUGGAGAACGUAAAAGACGCCGAGAAAGUAGUCCAAGCCAUUGCUGCCACUCGAAAGUUACGAGGUUUGAAGUCCGAUGACGUCGCUCCUGUUGAAUCAUCCAUUAAAGCUGUCUCUGGUGUCUCGAAGGAUCUUUCGAAUCUCAAAAGUCUAACGACGGAAAUGCAGAAGCAUCCUGACGUGGCGCCAACAGAUCUCAACAAGUUUCCAAAUUCAACAAAUCAAUCCAAAGUGAUCGGACAAUCAGCCGCUUCCCUUCGAUUUGCUCAUGGACUGAAGGAAUUGGAUCCAGAGAUUGCUGAUCUGAAAGAUGUCGAUGCUAUCGUGCAAGCGGAAAUUCUGAAGGUUUCUGAUCCGGCUCAAAUCAAUGACCUGACAGCUCAAUGGGGUGAUCAUCAAAGCCACAUGGAUUCUCUGGAUCAAACACUAUCUGGUAUCCGGUCUUUUGAUUCCAACCUGAAUGUAUCCAAAGCCGAAACAUUGGAGGAGUUGAGCAGUCCCUUGAAGAACCUCGGAUCCAUUCCCAAUGCCAAAAUCAAUGCUCUGGAGAAGUCAAAAGUUCUAGAAGUUCUGAUUGCUCAGCCUCAAAUCGAUCCAUCCGUCAAGUCGGAUUUGAAGAAGAGUAAGCAGACUCUAGACAAGCUAGCACCACUGGAUCUUGGAUUUUCAAGCCACAAAUCUCAGUUUGAGAAGGCUCCAGAUGCAUUCAAGGCUCUUCAUGAUUUCCUGGUUGGCUUUUUCACGGUUCAACGGAACAACAUGGCAUCAAGUGCAAACAAUGGAAGUUCGAUAGUCAGUGGACCAGCAGAGGAGCCAGAUAACACGAUAAUGUGGAUCAUUAUCGGCGUUGCUGCAUUCCUAUUGGUUGGCGUCAGCAUUGGUGUAGGCGUUUGGGUGUUCAUUUCGCGUCGGAAGAAGAAGCAGGAGGAUGAGGAGCGGCUAGAAGAAGAGGAGAGGGAUAGAUUGAGACGGGAGAAGGAAAAGGAAGAUCGGGACAAGGAGAGGAAGGAACGUGAUGCCAAAGAAGCCGCAAUGGAGGAGGAAAAAAAGGAGCUGGAAGCCCAGAAGAAACGAGAACAUGAUGCUCGGGAACAAGAGGAAGCUCGGAGAAAGGCAGCUGAAGAUGAGAGGCGGGCAGCGUCAAAACGGAGACGGGCAGCGGAAGCCGAGGCAGCAGCUGAGAGGAAAAAGAGGGAGACCAUGGCCAAAGAUCAGAAGGCGAAGGAUCAAGCACAACAGGUGAAGGACAGAGAGCAGUUUGAAAUUGACAUGAGAACAAUGCUGUUAGGCGUCGAAAAAUGGAUCCGAAAUCACAAAUACCAAAACGCCAGCCAAAUGGUCGGGAUUCUGGGUGAUCAGAUGAAAAUCGUUGUGAAUUACCAGAAACAAAACAACAAAGAUCUUAUAAAGUCUUCGUUGAUUUACUUGCCAAGAGAGAAGCAUCGCUACCCUAAUGCCAUUCCGUGUCAUCUGGAAACAGUGGUCAAGUUCCAGUUCAAUGGUGUGGAUAUCAAAAUCCAUGCGAACCACGUUGUCACGAAGCCAACCUACUCCAAAAGUAGCAAAUUUGGAGACGUGAAGGUGUCCAUGCGGUUCAUUGCAACUCAGGGUCCACUCAAAAACACCCUUGACGAUUUCUGGUCCAUGGUCUGGCACUUCAAAGUCGAGUUCAUCAUCAUGCUGUGCCUUUUUAAAGAAGACGGCAAAGUCAAGUGUGACACUUACUUCAAAGCGGAUGCCACAGGAACCUUUGAAACGGAACUGUUCAAGAUUGACACUGUUGAUUUCGAGCCAAUGUUCAAAGGUCGAGAAGCAGGCUGGAAGCGAAAGUUCGAAGUUACGCUGAAGAAGGAUCCAAAGGGAGAGAAACGGACUCUGACCCAUUACCAUUACCUUGAAUGGCCUGAUAAAGGAGUUCCGAAUGGUCACGAGGAUGUCAGCCAGUUGCUGGAAUUCGUUAAGGAUAGCAAGGCCCCAGUGGUUGUCCACUGCUCUGCUGGUAUCGGAAGAACCAUGUGUUUGAUUGGAACCGAGUACAUGGCUGCUGAAGUGAAGCACAAUGCAAACUACACGGUGGCUCAAGGUGGCAUCGACCUUCGUAAUGUCCGUUGCAAUGGAAUCCAAACUUUCGAGCAAAUGGUCUGGCUCGUUGCUAGUGUCGUCUAUCGCCUGACUCAUAAGUUCGGUUUGGAGUCGGAAGAUUAUGACGCUCUCGUGAAACAGAUCAAAACAGCUCAGAAGAUGAUUUUCAUGAAAGAUUUGGAGCUGAAACUGAAGCGUACGAUUGACUUCAGAGAGGGAGACAUGGAUGAGGAUUUGUUGAAAAGGGCGAUCGAGAAAGAAAGAGAGGAUGAGAAAAAGAUGGAGGAUAAGAAGCAAAGAACGGAGAGUGGAAAGGAUACUCGGAUUGUGAUGGACGUCGAGGAAGAUGGAGAAGAAGUGGCUGGUCCAGGCGUCGAGGUGAUUGAGAUGGAUUCUGAUGAGGAAGAAGAGUCUUGA